GGCUUACCCUCAAGAUGGCUGCCGAGGGCUCGGUGAGUAUACUAUCUCUUUUGCUCCUCUGCACAUCUCUUGGCCUUUUUUUUCGAAAAUAAAUGUUACGGUAUAAUCUAACCGACAGAAAAACACUACAAUCCUGCAAAAUCAACUACUUUAUUAAACAACGAGUAAUAUUCCUGAUAAGGAGCGACUCCUUAAGGCAGUACGAUACUGAUCCUCGAUGAACUUACUUAAGCCCAACACAGUCUAUGUCUUAGCUCACCACUGACCCAAACUCACACUUUCCUCCAAAGUUUCUUUAUAUUAGAAAGAAAAAUCUUCCACUAUAGCUCGCUCUCACGGUAUAGUUUCUAAACAGUCUGUUACAGCAACAACUAUUACUACUACAUAACUGAGUCCUAAUAUACAUUCGCAAAGUGUUCUGGAACAUUCCAGAAGCUUACCAAAGAACUAUUUAAGUAGUAUUGCCUAAUAACUGUGUAACUUGUUGACAUGUUCGAGAAAGUUCUAUGGUGCUCAUGUCAGCAUGACUAAGCAGUCUGGAGAUUAACUUCUAGAAGCUUAUAUUUACAACAAUGAAUUACUCAACAUAGAGAAAAUUUUCUUUUUUAGGGAAAUGUACUCUUAGGAAAUACAUCGUGUUUUUAUGAUUUCUUGGUUGAGGCUUAUAGUAAUCUGCUGAUAUUAAUAUUUCCAUUAUAACCAUGUUUAUGCCUGUAAAAAAUCCAUUUACGAAAAAGAGGCUAGAGUCCAAACUCUGUAGUGUAUUAAACUUGUCAAAUGAACUACAACAAUUGGCUAAAAUAACAACUCAAAAACUUCUUGAAUUCCAAACGAAAAGAGUAACAAAUUAACGCGAACAAAAGCUAAAAAGCAACUGACUGAAACUCCACGAAAACAAACUAAAAGUAUGCAAAAAAUGUCCACAUCAAUUUUUCAAUGCCGAAGUAAGAGCUCUUUGAUGUGAUUGGCUAAUUUGUGAAAUCAUGUGCACCGUGCACGGAGAGAGGAAGAGAAAAAUUGUUACUUGAUAUUUAAAAGCCAAAGAGAUAUUCUACAAUGCCAACUCCUUACAGUACAAAUAUAUUUAGGCUUUCACUUGAUCUUCCACAGUUUUGUUUAUUUAUGACUAUGCAUCUUCCUUAUAAAUAGCAGGUAUAUGAUUGUUGUCUGCUAAUUUUGCUUGAUUAAGUGACAUUUUAACUGUGAAGUAGGUAAAUGAAAGUGGAAUGAAAUCUGUCACAGUGAUCAAAAUUGUAAUGGUUUGAGAUAGAAUUAGCCCCUGGCAUGCAUUCCACAAAUCCCCAGGGAUGGAAAUUUAGGAAAAUCAAAACAAAUAAGUUGUUUACCUCACCAACACUUCCUUACAAUACCAGUGCUCUUUGAUUGCAACUGAUCACCUGAGAGAAUUUCUUUGAUCUUUAACAAAAUUUCAAGGUAGUAAGGAAAGGAUAUAUUGAGACCAGGGAGCAAAUUUUAUUUAUUGGCUCAGAGGUGUAAAGGGUUUAUUAGUGACAGAGAUAUUUUGUGAUGAACAGUGGUUCUGAAGACUGUGUUUAUUUUAAAUUUGGAGAUGACAAGUUCUCUUCUCAUGGAUGUGUAAAUUUUUGUACUGAGUAUUAAACAAUGUUGAUUUUUCAAAUUAUGAAGGAUGGGACUGAGGAUGGCAGUAACUCUCAGCUUAAUGAAACAACCAAGGAAUUUCUUACAAGACCUGUAAGUUUGCAAUUAUUUUAACUGAAAAUGAAACAGCUUCAACCAUAGCAGUCAGGGAUGAUGAAAUUAAAGAGUGAAGAUAUUGCAUUUUUCCUGUGAUAGCAAUUAUUGUAUAUUUUAUGUUAAUUAUCCCAGUUACAGUAUUUGCACUUUAGACUAGUUAGUUUGACAGAAAGGUUAUACAGAUUUUGUUUCUAGAAGUGUUUAAAAUGGAUUUUAAUCAUUAUUAGAUGAAUGCAAAACUUUCAGCUUGUGCAUUGUGUAAAAGCAUAUAAUCUGAUUCCAAACAGUGUAGAAGUUGAAAUUGAGUGAGGAAAGCUGAAAUUAAACUUGUUUUCAUUCACAAGUACCAUCAAAAGAAGUAUUGGAUCAAAACCAUGUUAAGACAAAAUAAAAAAAAAAUAGUCAGACACAGUCAUGCAUGUCUCUUUGUUAUACAUUAAACUGUUUUGUCUAUAUGAUGUUUUUGUUUCUUCAGGCCACUGUGGAGCAGAUUAACAUUGAAGGGUACUGGAGAACCAAGAGAGACAUUUUAAUUCCUGGCAUCAAGCGAUUAUUGGAGGCCACAACUUUUAGUGAAGUAAUACUUCUUGUUAUAAAGCAAUCAGACACAACUUAAAACUUUGAGAAGCCUCUCACUUUGAGAUGUAACUUUUCAAAUUCAUAAGAUGGAUUCGUGUAAGUUAAAUGUUAUAGAUUACUGGAUUUUAUAAUUUAAGAUGAUUAGUAUGAGGCAGCUCUGGGGCUGUGGGUGUUUGAUGAACCAAACAUUUUAAAAAAAGCAGGAACAAGAAAAUUAAGCAACAUUUUGAAAUUCCUAGAAUCACUUCAGACUGUUUGAAGGCAUUUACGUCUUUAUUACUUACAACCUUACUUUUUAGUUAAGAAUGGACCUGAAACUCAUUGGACCUGAAACUAAAUGAUUUGAAUUAUUUGGCAGCUAGUGGAAUUGGCAUUUGAAGCAAAAGAAGAUUUGAUGAGUCUUGGAGUUUUUCAUGAUGUUGAUAUGCUCAUUGAUACAAGUGCAGGUAAUAUUUGAAUUAAGAGUGUUACAAUUUUGACUUUCUCAACUGUCUCAACCAGACUGUUAAUCCCAGCUAUACUGUGACACACUUGAGUACACAAAAAUAGCAGCAAUAGCAGGACUGAAGGAGCACAAUCAAAUUCAUCCAUGACAAGCAACUAUGAAGGAGACACCUGUGACUUAAAUGAAGUCAAGAACUGCUUGCAAGUUUAGUGGAUAACUAUGAGAACCCUUGAAUAGCUUCUAUCUCAGUAUCACCACACAUCACACAUUCACACAUUCUACAUCACACAUCACACAGUGGUUCAAUAAUUACUUUCUUUACUUUCUAGGGAGCAGGUAAGGUAAGAGAAAAGCAGUUUUGCAAGCAUGUUCAAUGUAAAGCUAAAUAAAGAAAUUAUAAUCUACCAUCAGCAGGAAAGUUGUAAAUUCCCAGUAACCCUUGUGAGGUAAUGCAUAGUUCCCCUGUUUUCUACAACUUAAACUUUAACUUGAAUUUCAAACUGCAUCAGUGUUUACAUUCAAGCUAAGCUACAGUUAGCCUGAAUGGCCCAUGUAGUCAUUGCUAGCACAGGUAUAGAGUGAAGCAGUGGAGCUUUUCAGUGCCUCUGUCCUCAAAUUUAGUCCCUUUUUUCAGUCCCACUUCCCUUUAUAUUUCCCGAUUAGGCAUAAUAUUGGUUAACUAACUGAUAGAGAAUUAUUGAGGAAAUAACUUUGGAUUAUGGGUCAAUUUGUAGAUCACUCAAUAAACCCAAAUGGGUAUGAUGUGACAUUCCAUGUAAAAGAAAAAAGACUCCUUACCAGUAGUACAGGAACUCAAAUUGGUAACAAUGAAGGCAAUAUGGUAGGUUAAUAAUCCAUUUGAUAUUUAUUAAACAAAGUGCUUCUGGUAAUGGAAAAAAAGUCAACAUUCAUAGAACCUAGUGGUUAACGCAAACCACAUAAUAUUGGUUUGAGAAGAUGGAAAAGAUGCUUCAGAGAUGACAGUAAAGAAAUCAGGAUUGAGGGUUUUACAGAACAGAGAUAGUGCACUAAGAUCACAAAUGAUGAACCAUGAAGCUGGAGGCUAUUUUUUUACAAGAUUUGCUAACUACAGUAUGACAGAGCUGUUUCAUACAUGCUCCACAUGCCUAAGGAUAGCUACUUGUCCACUUUUGUGCCUGUACUAGUCUUCAUGUAGAUGCUUUUCAAGUGCUUAUCUACUGUAGACUUGGCCCUAAUUAAAAUCCUAAACUCUUUACAGUCUAAUAUACGUGUCCAUAAAUGUGCUAAUCUCUAUGUUUCCUAUAAUACUCAUAAAUAGAAUUUGUUAAACAAUCAAGAGCUUCUUAAGGUGAUGAUCUCUUCCUUAAUUCUCAUGACUUUUUGUGUUUGGUUCAGCAGUGAUACUGUAAAGAGAAAUUAGAAAUCUAGACGCUCUAUUUUAUGAUGAUAAUGAUGAUGAUUAUUUCUUUAUUGUUACUCGCUCACUCAAAAGUGAGUCCUCUGUAACUGGUAGAGUCAACUUCAUUUUUUCAUAAACUUUACUCAAUAGCCUCUGUUUUGUUUACAGAUGUUUGGUUGUUCACUCAAUAAUGUGUUUGGUCGUGCUGAACAAGUUAAGGCAGAUCUUUCAUUUGGCACAAGAACCAGAAUGUCCUAUCAGGUAACUUUUUGAUACAUUUGGAUUGUUAUGAAAUCUGUUUGUGUCUGAUGCAUGUGGAUAUAACCCCUACCAGCAUCACUGUAAUCAGCCCCGAACAUCCUACAGUUGUACCUUCCUAGACAAAAAAAACUUUCACAUAUUGAAUAGACAUUAACCAAAGAUAGUUAGGGUGGUUUCUUCCUUUGAUCCAGGGGUAAUACAAAUGUGAGAAGAUUGUCAACACUAGGAGUGUUUAAUUCUCCAUUGCCCUAACAUUGGUUUGUAUAUUUUCCAUACUGUUCUCUAUACAUUUCCUCAGGUUCUUAGAAGGAGAAUUUGCUUAAAAAUUAAAACCUGCUGUAUCUGGUGAUCAUUUCCAUUGUUCCUGUAACCUUCAUGUUUGAUUUAGGGGUUAUAUUGUAGGAGAAAUUAAAUGCUAGUCACCCUUAGUAUUAAAGGGGUCAAAUUAAAAGUGCAAUGAAAAAUUUGUAUUGUUAAAAACUGACCAUGAAUGACAGGAAGAACUGUAAAAGUUUUUAAAUUCUCAAGUGUGGUUAACAAUAUACUUUUAUAUUUGGGGUUGGAAAGGGAAGAGAGGCAAAGGAAUAGGAUUUGAAUUUUCUGUGUGAGAAAUCAAUACUUUAUUUUUUAAAUAGAAUGUCCACAUCUUGUGGGAAUCCACCAUAUGGAUAUUGGUUUACACUGCAAUAUAGUUCCCAUUGAAACUUAAUCUUGAUUUAAAUUUUUAUAUCAUUAUAGCUUGCUUUCAUUAAGCCUACGCCAGGAACACCAGGGAGAAAGUGAGUUUACUUCUAAGAUAACUCAAAAUUUUGUUUUAUUCAAUUGUGAAGAGAGCCUUUGUUAAUACAAUAUUGGAUAGUUUUACAAUUGCAGCUCAAAAAUCUACCACAGAUGUACCAUUUUGUUCUCACUGGGAGGCAACACAGGGACUGUCAAUGGAUUAUAUGGUAAAUUUAAUUUUUAUGAUAAGCUGAACUAUACAUGGAUCAGACUGGUCCUUAUUAAUAAUCUAUUGGAGGAAAGACACCAUUAUCUAUAAUAUUUUUUAUCAUACAAAACAAUGACAGUCCAUUUAAAAUUGUGCGUCUAUCCAUGCUGUACAUCAAUAAUACACUCAGCAUUACCCUGUGUACUACUUUUUUGUUCUUACCACAUUUAAAUGUCAUCUUUGAUCUAUGACUGAACACACACAUGAGAACACAGAAUCUAUUUGUUAAAUAGAGUAUAAGGGUUUGGUUAACAUGCAUUUAACCCAGAACUGUCAGGUGAAUGUAACAUAGAUGUAGUCUGAACAUCUACUUUUUCUUUCAGUUUCCCUCCAUUGUUGGACAGCACUGUGUUUCCUGGGAGGGAACAUGGCGUGAAGUGACAGGACUGGCAAAAAACGCUUCUUUUGCAAUUCGAGAACAGGCUGGACAUUCAAUAAAGAGUGCCCUUAAGGUGAAAAAUCAAAUUUAAAUUUUUCAUCAUUUACAACUGUUAGAGGUGUAUUUAGGACAAGACUUGAUUUGCAUACACUUUUAACUACUUAUUAGACUAUGUGUCUGUGGUACAUUUUCAGCACACUGUAAUAAUGGACAAAAGAAACAAUAUUGCACUUCCAACAAAUGGAUACUUCAUAAAGCUUGCACAGGUACAUUUUACAAAAAAGUUACUAUAUAAAAUUAAUGUAAACAUGUAUAUACAAUGCUUUUUAGGGUACAGACAAACCUCCCUAAUAACCAUUAGGAAUAUGAGGACUCGUCAGUGGCUUAAAGGGAGGUAGCUUCCAAGUAAAAUUGUAAUUUGUGUGAUUUCAAUCACAAGCCUAUAUGCAAAGUAAAUAGUAUCAGUGACAGUCAAAUAUGCUCUUUUCCAUUUUCUCUGUGUAAGGAAUUUGCAGGCUUGGGUGGAGAUGUUAUGUUCUUAAAACACAACUUCGAAUAUCAGCAAAGUGUAGAACCUCUGAAAGAUGUGGUGAGUAUAUAUUUUGUCUUUCUUUGCUAUUGGAUUACAGAGGGAGAGAAGUUUUAAUUUUGCUUGGUGAAGUUUUUAUAUUGUAUACAUAGAUAAGGCAGUGUAGAUAAAUAGAAAAAGAUAUCUAGAUAUAGAUAUAGUCUCUAGAUACAUAGAUAAAUAGAUAAAUAGAUAAAUUCUUCAAGUAGAGUAUUAAUUAUAAGGGAUUAAAAUUUGUGCACUAAUUUUUGUUCCUUAUUUCUCACUCCCUUUGGAUUAAAAUCUUUCUUACACACAAAUUUACACAAUUUACAAAAGGACACAAGUUAUUCCCCUGAGAACCCAUGCUGUUUUAUAGCACAGCCCUGAUUUUUGCGACACUCAUUCAAGUCCUUGAGUUUGCGUUUACUUGUAUUUUGGCAGAUUUUAUCCUGGUCGUUUCAAGGAGGAAGUCUACAUCCAUUGUUUAAUACACCAUCAAAAAUAAGUGAUCGGUAGGGUUGAUUUGUGAUGCAAUUUACCGACAAGGCAUUUGUCCAUAAUGACAGUAAACGCUUUACUUUACUCUGACAACAGUUAAGUAUUAGGUCGACCAGUAUUACAGAUAUGUAAUUUCUUUCCCAACGAUAUUCGGUCUGAAAUUGGAAUAGAAAAUUCGAUGUGGUCGUCAAGUUCUUCAUGUGAUUCGUAAAGAGGCAGACUAAAUCGAUCUUGUAAAUAGAAGAAGAAAGAUGGUAAAUUUUGAGCUCGGUAAAGAAAUAGUGAAAGAUAGUUCCAAAUUCUGUUUACAAACAUGACGCUAUCGACAUUGCUGAACCUAGCGGUAUGCAGGACACGUGUCAUGUGAAUUUCCUAAUAGACCACGCUCACCAUGGAGUCUCUGUGGCUCAGUGGGCAUCGGAGCGUGGAAUCCGAAGGUCUGAGGUUCGAUUCCUCAUGGGGACUCAGAAUUUUUUCUUUGUCCCACGGUCGUGACAAGACGAAAAAUCCUUCAUUAAAUCAAUCAUGUUAUGCAGAAAAGGGAAGAAGGGAAGGCAAGAUGGCUCAACCUUGUCGCUUGCUUAUUUACACUGAAGGGCCUGUUGUCUUGCUUUUGUUUAUUUGUUUGUUUUGUUGUUAGAGUUGUUUUGCUUUUUAGAAUAGACGGCGCAACGGAUUAUAGCCUAGGCUAAUUUUUGCUACUUUAGUAAGUCUUUCAAAAGUGAAGUUACAUUUGAGUUGAUUAUCAAAUUGGUGAAUUAUUUAGAACUCAAUAUGUAUGCUGCAAACGUGUUUUUUUUUCUUUACGUAGGUUAUUCCUUGGAGGUCCACUGUCCGUACGAGGAUUUAACUCAAAAGGGAUUGGGCCGAGAAGUGAAAGUGAGUAUCGCACAAGGAGGAUAAAUAGUGUGUUUGAUGAAAUCACAUUCCCAAAAGCUGAUGUGGUACGAAAAAAGGGUAGGGUUAUCCCGUUUUACAAAAUACGAAGCCACCAGGAGUAUUGCUUCGCUGGGUAGGAUGCUAAUCCAGUGUCGGUCGUUGGCUAUCAUCAGCGCCUGUCAUUCAAAAAAGGAAGACGAACUUUAUCAGGCCUAAUGUGUAGUUUUAAGCCCCGUUAUAUCCUUUGAGGAACUUCAUGCACAGUAUGUUUGUUUGUAGAUGAUUCUCUGGGAGCGGAUGCUUACUGGGCAGCAGGACUUCACGUAUACACGCCCUUGCCGUUCAGACCAGGACGGGGUGGUCUGAGCGACAGAAUCAAAACACACUUAUUUGUCAACACUGGAAAUCUGAUUACACUUGACACAAGUAUGACUAGAGUUAAACUUAAACUUUAACAAUCCUAUGAAGGUCGCAAUAUUUGCAAGGGAUUUGUCCAAGUAGCUAAAAAAACCGAAUUUGGGAUGAAAGUUUGAACGCGAUAGCGAGAACUUUAAAGACUGAGGUUUGUGUUAUCUGCUGAAGCCGAAGAUUUAGGCGGAUAAAAAAAAAAAAAAACAAGGCCUUGAUAAUUCUCGCCUCUUUGUAAAUACCGAAUUCUGUAAUUGUCUGUCAUUGAAUUCCCAAAACACCACCGCCUGUAAGUUUGACGAGAUUUAUACAGGUACCAUUAAUUUACUGAUACUUAAAAACUUAGAACUGCAGGUAACACGUUCCUUAAACAGUGCCAGAUUGAAUUAGGACUUGAUAUCAUUGUGUGAUAAGUGUAUGCUACUGUCAAGUAUAUGUAGGAACAAUUUUGUGAAUGGUGUAUUUUCUCGGGGGAAAAGGGGAGGGGGUUUUAAUUGUUACUUUUUCAAACUUGAACACCUCAACAAAGACCUGUCUUUUUCAGAUCUUCCGUGGAGAAGCAGAUUUAAUUCGUUAAGAGAAAAGAUCCGGUGGUCCUGUGGAGCUGGGCUGGUUUUCAUGCUUGGAAUUGCUCGGGUGGAGUUAAAUUACUGUUUUCCUAUCGCAGCACAAAAUACAGACAGGUGAGAUGACGUUACAUUAAACGACUAAACGACUUUAGUCUACCGUUUUAUACAUGAGCCUCUGGCUCGGGCAAUUGGGCAACCAUGCCUCACGUUAGACAAUAAACUUUGAUUGAUUGAUUGACUUAAGGCCUGCAAGAUUUGAUGAAAAAAUGGCCAGAUGAUAUGUUAUGCAAUAUAUAGAGUUCAUAAUUCAUUUGAAGCAUGGGAACGUUAUUUUGAAACUUGGAGAAGAAUAUAGAAAAAGCCAAGAUAAUGAAACAACAAGACAUAACGUGCUGUACUGAAACAAAACUCUUAAAAAGAACUUUUGAAAGGUUUGACUGAUAGUGACAACUCACGAUGAUGUAGCUAGAUACAGAAUAAAUCAAUUUCCUCUUCAGUUUGUUGAAAAUGGCAAAAAUUAAUGAAAUACCAAUAGUUUUAUCAUUGUUUUUUUUUCUUCAGUGUUAACCAUGGAAUUCAAGUUGGUGUUGGAAUAAACUUCCUUUAACACCAUCUUCGCUCACAACAAAAAUUAUUUAAUGAUAGAAAUCAAGGAUUUGUUGAAAACAUCGACCUUUGCAGAAAUGUAUCUCCGUACCAAGGGUCGAAGGUCUAUGAGCCGUGAACAGAAACCGAUGUCUUGCGUUUUGCCUUUCCUUCUGUUAACGAGGGAGAUAGGAAAGGACGUAGCAUAAGACCUUAAUUAAAGAAUCAGUUGGAAAAGAUGGUUUUAAGGCCUAAAACAAAGGUGAAUGGUGGUAUUUUCUGUUUUCUUGCUUGCGCUCUUGCAGUCCUUGCGCUUUCGGCUCUGCUUCGCGAAACAGAACGUCACGUGUUCGUCCACCCUUUGAACUGAGGAAGAGCCCGUCAUUGUGACAUUGGUUUUUAUCGCCAGUAAAAAUAGUCAACAAAUCUUUGACGCAUUAUGCUGGUUUUUUACGGAACACAUCAGUCAUUUGAGGCGCCGACAGAAGAUUGAGCAGUCAAUUAACCAGAGGAGUUUCAAGUCGAGUUUGCCUGGUGCAAUAAACCAUCAAGAACGUAAUAAAAGUAAAGAUAAAACAUUUCGUGUUAUUGUGAUAUGUUGUUCGAUACGUUUGAAAUUAGGGUCCAUUUACUUUGAAUAUUUAGAGUCGACUGGUUCAUUGCUACCGCGAGCUAAAUAAUAGUUUCUGCAGCAUGAAGCGACUAGAAUCACA